GUGAACUUCAGCGUGACUCCAAACUAGAGUUUAAAUCUAACAACUAUUCCAAAACUUUAAAUUCUGUUAAUGUGACAGAAUGACCCUGGGUUAUUAAAGCCUCAAAGUUUAGUCUCUUGUCUCAGAUUAACGACAAGCUGCUUUAAAUUGAUGUUAGUGACGUUUAUUUUUGUGUGGAGUUGUAAUAUUAGUCACACGAAGUCCUAAACUGAUUGAUUUGGUUUGAGUUUUGAAGAUUAUUUCCCCGUUUUGGUGAAAAUCCGAGCAGUAAUAAUAAUAAUAUCUGUUAUAAAUCUUAUUCCAAACUUCCCCCUUGAGGCAAAAGAAAUCCGAGCUGCAGGACGCGCUCGGAGCGGCAGAUCGCAGUGGGGCUCAGGGCUUCCCAGAAGCAUGUCAGGUUAUUAACAGCGCGAGGGAGAUUAGAUGUGGGAGGUAGGAGCUGCGAGCUGCUAACUGCUGAAUGGGAAUCUAUCCGGCAACUUCACCAGACCGCUUUCUCUCGGAGACACGGGGGGCUCUGCGUAAAAGCGAGCGGCGCGUCUCCAAGUCUGGGUCAGCCCAACGCGCGCACGAGCAGGAGGACGCUGAGGUCUGCUCCGCCGAGCGGCUGUUCACUUGUUCCCGGCGCUCGGCUCCGCUCCGAACAUGCCUGCCAUCAAGAAGGAGCGGCUGGAUGGGGACGACAUGGCCCUGACCGCCUUCAACCAGUCCGAAUACCUGGCCCCUUUAAACGCCGCCGCCAUCCCCGUGGUGACCCCGCAUCCGCCGCCCUACGACCACCUUUUCGCCCAUCACCGCGCGUACCUAGGGCUCCACGACUCGGCGCUGCAUCACCAGCACCUCCACCACCACCACACGGACGACUUAAUGCUGGAGAGGUUCUCCUCCAUCCCCGACUUUCAGCCCUUCUUCGACAACGGGGAGCCGUGCAUCGAGGUGGAGUGCGGGGAAAACAAGGCUUUGCUUUAUAUCAAUAAACUCUGUCAGGGCAGCAAGGGACCCUCGAUCAAAUACAGGGGCGAGUGGCUCACCCCCAACGAGUUCCAGUUCGUCAGUGGACGGGAGACCGCCAAGGACUGGAAACGGAGCAUUCGGCACAAAGGGAAAAGUCUGAAGACUCUCAUGUCCAAAGGAAUCUUACAGGUGCACCCUCCCAUCUGUGACUGUCCUGGCUGUCGAAUCUCCUCUCCAGUGAACCGCGGGCGCCUGGCAGAGAAACGCACCAUCCCCCUUCCACCCAACCGAGUGCCCAAGAAGGAACUGGCCUCAAUCUUCAGCAGUGACGACAGCGAAGGCAGCGAGCGGGCCGGUGGGGAUCAUGCCCACAUCAAGCAGGAGGAGGAGCUGCAUUAUAGUAUCAUGAGAAAGAGCCGUGACAGCGACCUCUCUACAAUUAUCUCCAACCUGCACCACACCAGACAGCACGGGAUGCCCGAGGAACAGUCAAGUUCUGACCACAUCACCGGUACCGGACACACAGAUGACCUUCUAGGCAAAAGGAAAAGCUUCUCUCCCAACAGCAGCAGCGAGUGUCCCUCUGAUAGUAAGAAGUCACGAAGUGUGUCUCCAAAAGAAAACYCCCAGAGCCCGGUAGUAGAAGCAGGCGCCAGCCACAGCCACAUGAGCCCYGUGGAGCAAUACAGGCGCAUGAUGUCUGCGCUCAGCGAGCAAGGGUCCUUCGAGGAGCAGCAGCAACGCCUCUACCAUCUCGCAAGCAGCAUGGGUCUGCCCGGUCACGAUCUGUUGCGCACUCGUCAGGAGGCGCUGGUCGCAGCAGUCAGGAAUCCAGCAGCAUUAGAAGCUCACCUGCCCUCAGCAGGCAGCUCUUCAUCAUCCAGCCAGAGACGCAAGCAAGGCCUGCCGCAGCACCGGGACGCACAUUACAGUGACAGAGAAUUGUCCCACCCUCCACCCCUCCUGUCCCCUCCGACCGCUCCACACAUCGCCUUAGGACCUCACCUGCGGCCUCCGUUCCUGGGCUUGCCCUCCGCUCUUUGCCAGGCCCCCGGUUAUGGUUUCCUCCAGCCAGCUCAAGCUGAAAUCUUUGCUCGACAACAAGAGCUUUUAAGGAAGCAGAACCUGGCCAGACUGGAGAUGUCAGCAGAGCUGCUGAGACAGAAGGAGUUGGAGAAUCUUCACCAACAGCAGCAGCAGCAUCGUUUGCUGGGCUCAGAGCCACUGGGGGCUCUGCCACCUGGCCUGCCCCCUGACCAUCCUGCCCUGCGGAGUCUCCACGACAUCCCAGAAGGACAUCCUCUCCGCGAGGAGCUUGCCCGUCGCACGAAUGCAAUGCUUGUGCUUCGCCACGCCGCUGCCACGCCCCUUUUAACUCUCAACCAGCAGCAGCAGCAACCAGGGGCGUCCUCCACGCCCAAAGACCCUCAGGCGCAGAGUUCUACUGCCGGACCAGGUCCAGAGUCCAAAAAAAUUCAUCGCAGGGAACCUCCAACGCAGCUUCGUGUCGCAUCUUACAGAGGAGGAAGAGAGGACCUAGGAAGUGUGGGAGACACGGAGGUGCACGACGAGGACACGAAAGACUCGGACAGCGAGACGGAGAUGUGCGAGGAGAGGCGAGAGCAGCCCGGCAGCAAGCUCAGAGACGUAGAGCUGAGCAGGAGCAAAGAGACCGGCAGCGAGGCCAACAAGGAGGCUGCAGAGAGCUCGGGCAGGCUGAGUGCACCGUGUAGUUCAGCAGACACAGAGUCGCCCAGUCGGAACAUUUUCACACCUGGGCUGGGCAAAGCUGAUCUUAAAUAUCACCUGCCGCCUGGAUUCAUGCCACCGCUGCACGCUCUUCACGCUCAGACGCUGCCCUUCGCUUUCCCCUACGCCAGUCCUUACUUUCAUGCGGGCUCUUUGGGAGGUCUUUUUAUGGACGGGGAGGACUCGGCCUCAUCCAACCCUGUGGAAGACAUCAGCAAGUGGAGUGUGGAGGAUGUGUGUGGCUUCAUAAGCAGCCUGGCUGGAUGUGCUGAAUACGCACAGGUGUUUCGGGAGCAGGCCAUUGAUGGAGACACAUUACCGCUGCUCACUGAGGAGCAUCUGCUCAACACCAUGGGACUAAAGCUGGGGCCCGCACUCAAGAUCCGCUCACAGGUGGCGCGCCGCGUUGGCAGGCUUUUCUACAUGACAGGAUUCCCGCUGGCGCUCCCGUUUCCACCUUCUGCCAUCCUGCGCCCCCCAGAUCGGGAUCGAGACCCCCAGACCACGCCAUCUGACACACCCCUGCCCCUCUCUCUGUCCCUGCCGCACCGGCCCACCUCCACCAGCAGCGGCUCCUCUCCAUACAGCGGCCCCACACCGGGGUGCUCCACCCCCAAACGGGAAAACGGCACCAGCUCCGUGGUGGUGGGACGAUACGAGGCUAAAACCCCCUCGUAGGAUCACGAGAGGGAGAGAUCUGUAACGGRUGGGCCAAAGCGGGGUCACAAUCGGACCACAUUUACUAAACUCUCCUUUACCUUCAGACAUUUUAACUUAAAACCAUGGGAAAUUAUGACUGGRACAGGAGACUUUUGGACGGCCUUAGCAGCGGCUGGAGACGAGCAGAAUCCAAAGAAUCUGGGCUGGAAGGGAGAAACGUGAAGUGACAGAGGAACGGAGAAAGAGAGGGAAAUAGAGACAGCUGGUCACCGACAGCCUGCCAAGAAAAAGAAGCAGAGCUCUGCCACAAAUGCGACAUUUUUGCAAAUCAGACAGACGCUAGCGGAAACUCAUCCUUCCUUCCUGAGCAGGAGGAAGCUCUCCUCAGUCACUUUCUUUCUCUCGUAUCCAUCUCUGACUGUGCUUACCCCCAAGCCCUGCAGAGCCCAGGAAUAAAAAAAGAAAAGAAAGAAGCGAUGUCUCUCCCUUCUUUUCCCUCCCUUCCUUCUUGACUAUUUGCAGAGGCCAAACGGCAGUGUGGCGCUUUUCUUUUUUUAUUUUGUAUAAAGUCUGGAGUUGAAACACAUGCUGAAGAGCACUGGAUAUGACCAGUUCCCUCUAAUAUCACUGCAACUAUGCAUUCCACUGUCCUGAUACCAAAGAAGAUACCGGACAUGUGGAAUUGGAACCAUGAUUCAUAACGUGUCUGAUUGUUUUUGUGUUAAUUCUCAGAAAAAUAAAUCGGGUUCAGGKAAAGGGACUCACAGUGGACUCUAUUUAAUGAUGUAGGUUUGAUGCUCAAAACUAUCAGAAAAGGAGGAAUUUGUCAUUGUACACUUGUGUUGACUACUGUCAGAGGUAGGAUGAACAUGCAGAAUUGUACAGAAUCACGCUUAAGAUGAAAAUAUUCUGGUUACAUACGUGGUACUUUCACUUUCUUUUUGUUAAAUGUAGUUGCACGAAUAAGAAUUUCUUUACUGAAAAAUGUGACUUGCUGAACUUUGGUGGUACUUUUGUUCCUAAUUUUCUAAAUAAAAUUUAAAAAAUGUAAUAUUACAAAAAAGAAAUCUCAAAUCUCAAAUGCUACUCAAGCAUAUAAAUAUGAGGACAAAAUUAUUUAUAGGACUUUUUGAUGUAGUAGAUAAAGCAGAUUAUGAUAUGUAUUAGCCCUUAAGAUGGAAUCCAAAGAUACUUUCACUUUGUUUUCUCUUGGUUGCAGGGAAAAGACAAGGCACAAAGCUCUUAAUGCAAAUGUUUUGAAUUUCUUAUGGAUUUUUUUUAACUUUGCAAGCAAUGAAUUAAAAUGCUCUUUAGAUUUCCCUUCAAAAGUUUUGUUUUCAUCCUAUUUUUCUAUUCACCACACAGGUGAAAUAAAUCCUACAGAAUAUUC